AUGACCAAAUUCAGCAGCCUAGAAGACCCUGGCUUCAUCGAUGUUUACAAAACGCUGCUUCGGUGGAUAUUGGAUAUACAAAAACAAGUAAUCCACUGGCUCCUGCAGAGCUUGGACAGCCAAAAACGGUGGGAACGCAUCCAGCAAAUCGAUGAUGCGUACAAGGGGACUUGUUCCUGGAUUUUUGACCCUGAUCUUCCAUUUCAGAAGUGGCUCUGUCAAAGUACAAUUGAGAACAGUCCCUUUUUCUGGAUUCAAGGCAGGCCAGGCUCCGGUAAAUCUACUUUGAUGAAAAAAGUACUUAUAGAUUCAAGGACGCAGGAAUACCUUUCCCUGUGUUCCUCCAGGAAAUGGAACUUGAUCCCAUUUUUCUUCCAUGAUCGCGGAUCUCGGGUUCAGAAAUCAAUUAACGGUCUCCUUCAAGAUAUUCUCUAUGGUCUCCUCGACGCUGACAAGUCACUUUCGAGGUUCAUAAAGGAUCCAGUGAUACGAAAGGCAUUUUUAAGAGCGGUAGUUCAAACGGACAGCACGCACAAUGCAAUGCUGGAUUUCAGCUCCGUUGUUAAGGCCCAUGAAUGGUCGACCAAAGGUCUCGCAGAUAUAUUGAAAGCACUCCUGUCGCAAGAUGAGGUGGAAUUGAAUGUGCUGUUCUUUAUUGAUGCCCUUGACGAACAUUCAGGGAAUCACCGAAAUCUAUUGAGUACUAUCAAUUCUUGUCUUGUGGAACGUUCAUCACCAAAGGUGAAAGUGAAGCUUUGUGUUGCAAGUCGUGCAGAACCCAUUUUCCGCAUUGCUUUCCAAGAUGUCCCGACUCUAGAGGUCCAUCUCUAUACGAAAGGUGACAUACGGCUGUACGCGCAUGAACAGAUCAGGCUCUACCUGAACGAAGAGGACGGUGCACGGGAUGCUGAGAAACUCGACGCCCUUACAACAGAAAUCACGGAUAAAGCGAGUGGUAUGUUCAUAUGGGUGCGUAUAGUGGUGGAAGAGCUUAUCGAAAGACUCAUCGAUGGCUACACAGUGGUGCAACUGCGUGAAAUUCUGUUGGAAAUACCGGAAGAACUUCAGGAUCUGUAUCGUCGCGUUCUCUCCAGAAUAAAGCCACAAUAUGCACUCCAUUGCUACGUUCUCUUCCAGAUCUUUCUCUGUAUGGAGGAACGAGGGAUCACAGCUCAAACAAUACUCACUGUGACUGAAGUCGUCGUGCAUCACAAGUACGAAUCAAUACCAGCGCAGGCGCAAUCAAGAAAAUUAGCAAGCUAUUCUGGGGGCCUGAUAGAGCUUGUGAAGAACUCCAGCAAGCCCCAACUCAUUCAUCAGACCGUCAGAACCUUCUUAAAGGACUCUCACAGUGCGUGUCACAUGGUGCCCCAAAUUUCAGAACCGUUGCAAGAUGGGAUGGCUUAUCUUACAGCAUUCUGUGUACAUGUUGCGGUCCGAGAGAGGCUUCAUAUAGCCGAAGACAAUGGACAUCGUCUUUUAUGUCUUUUCAAUUAUGCAGCUGAGACCGAGACAAUGCAGUCAGAGGACUUAGUGAAAAUGUUAGAUCGUCUGUCGACUGAACCAGAUUGUUCUGACGAAUUAAAGCCGAUUUUCGCUAAUGCCAUUGACUAUACGAUAGAUGGGCUUCAUGUGAUCCAAGAAAUUGCCAGUAAUGGAGGUCUCAUGGCUUAUCACGAAGAACACCCCUGGCUCAGUCAAGGACUCAGCCUAAAUAGCAAGUUAUUUCCAGAAAGCCAAUCAUCACUACCCAGAGAGCAUACCACACUCUUAAGACCUUACGACAUUUUGUCGGCUGCAAUAUCUAGUGGUGUCUUGCCCUACGCCGAGAACAAACUCAGUAGUGGCCUGCUACCGACCACCAUGAUGAAUCGAGCUCCGCUGCUGCACUACGCGGUAACAUCGUCAUUCAUCACCUGGCAGUAUGUUAGCUCUGGAUACUACGAAAGAAGAACUGCGACUGCGGCAACGUUGAUUAGACUUUGCAUAAGUCAAGGCGCAGAUCCUAACACUCAAUAUAAUGGUAUGGCGGCCUUGGGAUUCCUUGUAAGUCUCCGACCAACAUCCAUGGGGAGACCUAUUUCCAUCGCCAAUUGGACUUCUAUAUUCAAGACUAUGACAGCUCUACUCGAAGCUGGGGCUGACCCAAACGAGAUGAUCUUGAGUGGGGGAAGAUUCCAGAGAUCUCUUCUUAGCUAUGUUCUCAGGCUAGCUUCAACCUCAGAUGACAACGCCUUAGAAAUGGUCAGAACCCUACUGGAACAUGGUGCCAAUACCAAUCUAGCUGAUGCAGACGGCUUCAGGCCUCUAUUCUUUGCGCUUGAUCGAGUGCAUAUUAAAGCCGCCAAACUUCUCUUGGAAUUUGGAGCAGAUCCAGGCGACCUUGGGAAUGGAAGAGUUGCCAAUACUGAAAAGUAUCUGGUGGUAUAA